UGGCCACAGCUCAUCCCUGCCACGAUCCUGUGCCAGGCGUCUCUGAGAGGAGGUGCGACUCUGUGGGAGGGAAAAGGAAAGUCUGCCGCUGGGCUCUGCCUCUCACUGAGCCCCGGACUUCAUCUGAGACCCGUUCGAGCCGAACCCUCCCGCCAUCUCUCCUCCUCUGCCGCUCCUCUCGUGCAUGUCGCUGCACCUCCAGCCACAGAAGCUUUUUUGUCUCCUCAAGCUCAAGUAUUUUCCAGAGGGCACGGCCAGUGCGGAUCACGCAGCUGAAGAACUGGCAGGAAGCAUCUGAAGGUUUUUCCUCACUAGAAGAAGCUCCAGGGAUCGGUGGACGUCAUGUCACGCUGGGGGCGGAAGGACGUGAAGAAGGCGCCGGAGGUGAUCCGCACCGUGACCGAGGGACUCAAGUCCCUGUACCGCCAGAAGCUGCUCCCUCUGGAGCAGUACUACGGCUUCCAUGACUUCCACUCUGCCAGCCUGGAGGACGCCGACUUCGACAACAAGCCCAUGGUGCUGGUGGUGGGACAGUACUCCACCGGGAAGACCACCUUCAUCAAGUAUCUGCUGGAGCAGGACAUCCCGGGCAGCCGUGUGGGACCAGAACCCACCACCGACUGCUUCACCGCCAUCAUGCAUGGCGAGGUGGAGGGCGUCAUCCCCGGGAACGCCCUCAUCGUGGACCCCAACAAACCCUUCCGCAAGCUCAACCCCUUCGGAAACACCUUCCUCAACAGGUUUCAGUGCGCCCAGAUACCCAACCAGGUCCUGGAGAGCAUCAGCAUCAUCGACACGCCCGGGAUCCUGUCGGGGGCCAAGCAGAGAGUCAGCCGAGGUGAGCGGGCUGGCAAAGGCUACGACUUCCCCGCGGUGCUGCGUUGGUUCGCCGAGCGUGUCGAUCGCAUCAUCCUGCUGUUCGACGCCCACAAGCUGGAGAUCUCCGACGAGUUCUCCGAGGCCAUCGGUGCCCUGAAGGGAAACGAGGACAAGCUCCGAGUUGUGCUCAACAAAGCCGACAUGGUUGGAACCCAGCAGCUCAUGAGGGUGUAUGGAGCCCUCAUGUGGUCCCUGGGUAAGGUCUUCGGCUCCCCUGAGGUCUUACGUGUCUACAUCGGCUCCUUCUGGUCGGAGCCACUGAUGGUCACCGACAACCGCAAGCUGUUUGAGCUGGAAGAGGAGGAUCUAUUCACCGAUAUCCAGAACCUCCCACGCAACGCAGCUCUCCGCAAACUCAACGAUCUGGUCAAAAGAGCCCGCCUGGUCCGGGUGCACGCCCACAUCAUCAGCUACCUGAAGCAGGAGAUGCCCAGCGUCUUCAGGAAGGACAACAAGAAGAAGAAUCUGAUCUACCAGCUGCCCGUCAUCUUCUCCAAGAUCCAGCUGCAGUACAACAUCUCUGCUGGAGACUUUCCAGACUGCGCUAAGAUGCAGGAACAACUGAUGGUUCACGACUUCUCCAAGUUCAAAACCCUCAAGCCGAAUCUGAUGGCCGCCCUGGACGAGCUGCUGUCCGGAGACAUCGCCAAACUGAUGCCUCUCCUGCGGCAGGAGGAGCUGGAGGCCACGGACCAGCCGGGGGUUCAGGGAGGAGCUUUCCUCGGAACCCGAGUGGGACCUUUCAUCGAGGGUGACCCCUUUGGCGAGGAGAAUGGCGAGGGCAUUGAGGAAGAGGAAGACUGGGUGGUCAACAAAGACAAACCCAAAUAUGACGAAAUCUUCUACAACCUGGCUCCCAAUGAGGGCAAGCUGAGCGGCACCAAGGCAAGGGACUGGAUGGUGAGCUCCCGCCUGCCCAACUCUGUGCUGGGUCGCAUCUGGAAGCUGUCCGACGUGGACCGCGACGGGAUGCUGGAUGACGAAGAGUUCGCCUUGGCCAGCCACCUCAUCGAGGUGAAGUUGGAUGGCCACGGUCUUCCGCCGGAGCUCCCCACCCGCCUGGUCCCGCCCUCCAAACGUCGGCAGAAAGGUUCCGACGCCUAGACUCGCCGCUCUUCUUCGCCUUACACUCCUUAUUUGCUUGUUUCCCACCGGAGCCAAAGUUCAGCCUUCUGAGACUGACGCAGUAAAAAACCUGUUCACAGCCAAACGAUUGUAUAUUAAACUCUCACAGGUCAGGUAGCUUUGUUUCUUUGGAGUAUGUGAAUCGUGCUUUGUACGAUAAGCAGCAUUUCACGCGCAUGUGAGCGACUUUCAACGAGCCGUUGGAUCCAUUUUCAGCGAUGACUGGAAGACAGUAUUUUUAUAUUCAAAAGCCUUGCUUAGCUGACAAACUGCUGAUUCAACUGUCAGACAUAGAGCUGUUGUUGUGACGCCGCUUCUUUCACCUGAUAAAUCCCUAUCUUGCUUGUCAAUAUUAGCUACCUAGAAAGCGUAAGAGGAUCUUAUGUUCUGUUUUGGAAGGCCUCCCUCAGAAAGAGAAUAUUCCGAUCUGGUCUGAAAGCAGACUGGAGCAGAUUUCCUGGCCUGAUGCCAGAAAAUGUUGAAUGCACUAUGAGCAGGUGUGGCUCCAGCAUUUAGUUCUGGGGCCCGCAGCGUCUGGGGAGGGGUCAAAGUUGCCAUUAUUGGACCAUCUCCUGCUGCUUUGUUGAGGUCAGAUCAGGGGCAAACCCAGCAUCAGAGCCUGUCCAACUACAGCUCAUCUCCUGGACAUGCCUUACACCUCCAAGGGGGUUUACCUGGUAUAGACCUCAAAAACGUGUCUUAACAAUCUGCUCUCUCUGCUUGAAGCAAAUCACGGCCCCACUACUAUUAGCAGUCGUGGCUUCCUCAUUCUUCAACUGUGUCUCAGACCAGAGAGAGAGACAAUCAGAGGGAGCAUCUGGAUGAACACGUUGAUCGAUGAGUUAGUCAGGCGUCGCCUGCAGCCCAUGGCGAAGGUGUAUGUCAGGAAGGAACAGCGAGUCCAUCACCAUUCAGUUUUUUUCUUCUCAAGUUUCCGCACUUUCAAACUUUAGCUCUAUUUUUUUUUUUUUGUUGAAAAUGUGCAGGAGUGAGUCGGGUGAAAUAUCAUGACACGCUGAUGACUGAAUGAUCCAUGUUACUGACUACUGUACAAAGCUGCCCCAUCUGUUCUCCUUUAACCAAAUAAAAGGACAUG